UUUAGAUCUUAAUUAACUAAAUCAACGGUCUAAUUAAUUAAAAUAUCAAAAAUUUAAAAUUUACUUUUACAUUAAGCUUGUUUAGUUAGAGAAAGAAUCAUGUUGACGGCAGAUAAAAAUAGGGAAAAAUAGAUAAUAAGUAGGGAAUCGUUUAUUGAGUAUAGGUUGUAAGAGAAGCUAAGGCAAAAAUAAUUUUAAAAUUAAGAAAAUUACUUUAAUCGAUAUGAACUAGAGGGUCCUCCUUUCUAAGAAGAAGAAGAUGAUGGUCCUCCUCGCUUAGAAUUUGAUAACGAUGCUAAUCGCUUAGGAUAUGAUGAUGAUGCUCCUCCUGGAUUAGAAACAGAUUAAUCUCCUAAAAAAAACUAAAUGCCAUAAAAAAACUCCUAAUUUAAUGAUUAAGAUUUCAAUAGUGAGUUUCCUGAUAGAUAUUAUGAUUAAAAAAAUAGCAACAAAAAAGAUCAAAAGGGAUAUGAAAAUAAUAGUUUAGAUAUUUCUUCAGGCUAAAAAUAAAAUAACUAAGAAAGCGAGUAAGAAAUGCUAAAUAAGGUUUUUUUAGAAUUUUGCGACGAUCCUCAGACAUAUUAUGACUACCCUUCUGCAUAGAAUUUUAUGGAUUUAAUUAUAACUAAAGAAAAGAACUAAGAAGAUAAGAGAUCUAAAAAAGAGGAAGACAAGAAAUUAUUAGAGGAAUAUUUGAACAGAUUGUUCGUAGAGAAAAAUGGAGAUACAUAUAAAGAGACUCUAGAAAAUGAAAGGGAGGCAUCAGACGAAGAAACAAUAAAAAAAUAAAUUGAUAAAUUUAAAGAGGAGUAGGCUAAUUUGUCUGUAAGCAUCAAACGAGUGGACACUGAAAGAUGGAAUGUGGAAUCAUUAAAAAAAGAGUUAAGAUCAUAAUAUAAAAAACAAGGUGAGUAAUAUAAAAAAAUUAUUGAUCUCUUCCAUGAUAAAUUGGGUUUAAAGGGCAUCAUAAAAGAAAAGGAUAAAAAGAUCAUUGAAAUAUAAAGAGUUUUGGAAGAGCUCAACCAUAAAAAGGUGAUUUAUUUGGAUUUAAAAAACGAAAAGAAGGAAGACCUUACCUUCAACUUUGUUAAAAAAACAAGAGAUGAAGAGAUAAGUAAACUCAAAGAAAAUGAGAUAAGAUUAAACAAAGAAGUAAUCCUUUAUAAAACUAAGUAUGAGACUUAUCAAUCUAAGUAUAAAGAAAUUAUGUAGGAAGCAUAAAAUGCAAAAAAAGAAAUAUAAGAAUUAAUAUCUUAAGUGUUAGAAGAAAAAAAAUAAGCAAUUAGAAGGGAGGAAGAGGAAAGUAAACGAUAAAUUGCUGAAAAAGAAAACAAAAACAAAGUUAAAUAAGGCUAGAACAAGUAUUCUUUAAACAAUACAAUGAUAACAUCUCAAAUUAUCAGUCCAAUGUAACAAAAUGUUGAAGAGAUGUAAAAUGGUUUCGAUAAAAGCAGUUUUCCUUUUUACCAUGACAACGGACGAUAUUCUGGAACAAAUUAAUUAAUUCAGUCAUUUUCUGCAAAUAAGAAAUCAUCUGCACCUAAUACCCCUCCUUAAAAAGGUCCCUUAAGUCCUAAUAUUUCUCUAAAAAGUAAUUAAACAUAAAAUGAUUAACAGCAUAAUAAUAAUUAGAAUGUAAAUUAGCUCAGCUAAAAUAACUAAGAAUAAAAUACUAAGUAAAGAUUGCAAUCAUUUGAUCUUAAUAAUGAAGAGCAAUCUAGCUUUUAGAAUUAAAACCAACAACAGUAAUAAUAGCAGUCAUAGCAAUAACAAAAUUAGUAAAUAUAAUAAUAUCAAUAACAAUCGCAAUAGCAACAUCAGCAGUAAAAUUUACCAGAUAAGCAGUAGACCCAGCAGUAAUCAACUCUAGAUUAUUAAAAGCAAACCUAUUCAAAUUUAAAUUCUUCACUCUAAGACCAUAAAAUUUCUAACAAUUCUUAGUUUGAAAAUAAGAAAUAGAAAGUAAAUUUCUAAAUAAAAACUAAAGAAGAGGAAGAAGAAUAUUACUACAAAUAGCUAUGUGCCUCCAAAAUAAAAUUCAUGGUAGAAUCGAUACAAAAUUCAAAUAUCCUAUAAAAAUCUGUUUACAAUAAAAAAAGAUGA